AUUCAGUGUCCAGCGCAGUGGACGCGCAAUGGCACGUGGCCGCGCACGUUCGCUUCGAAUUUUUUUAGCGGGGACGGGUACGUGCGCGUACUCGUAUUCUUUGUGUGGCAGCGUAGAGAAGCGCCAAAAGAGUGACCAUGGCUGAUGAAAAACCAAAGGAAGCAGUCAAGACAGAAAACAAUGAACACAUAAACCUGAAGGUAGCAGGUCAGGAUGGAUCUGUAGUGCAGUUCAAGAUCAAAAGACACACGCCGCUCAUCAAACUCAUGAAGGCCUACUGCGAGAGACAGGGACUGUCGAUGAGGCAAAUCAGGUUCAGAUUUGAUGGACAACCGAUAAAUGAGACAGACACACCAGCACAGUUGGAAAUGGAAGAUGAAGAUACAAUUGACGUGUUUCAACAACAGACGGGAGGCCUGAUUUAAUCGACCACAUUCGCCACCAUUUUCCUUCCUCAACCUAACCAACCUUCCCAGCCUAUGAUACACAGCGGCUGCAGCUUCUUUGCAACUUGUCCUGUUGUCCUGACAGUAUCCCACUCAGACGAUGUUGUCAUUUCUCUGCCACACAUAACUGCUGUAUAGUAUUUUCAUUCUUGCCCCUGUUACUUCUCCGUUUUUGUACAUAAACCACAUCCAGAUCACCCUGAGGUCAGGUUCUGUUUGUUUUAAGCUGUAUUGUGGUAAAUGUUAAAUGCCACCCCCCUCCCAUUUUGAACAGUUUGUUUCCAAGAUUGCACACCACAGAGAGGACUAGUGAUAGAGUUGGGAGUGAUAUACAGUAACUAACUUUACUGGCCAAAUGUCAUUGGGAUAGGCUUGGUCAGUGUUCAGCAAAUCUGUUAAAGUGAACUAUUUUGGGGCAGGCAAUCGCUUAGUGAACAGUAUGUCCUUUGUGGGAAUGGGGCUGGGUUGCCAUUUGGUUUCUCUCCUCUUCAGAAAAAAAAUAUUUGAUUUUAUACAUUUUUUAUAUUGUAGCUGAUUUGUAGAGAAAGGUUUUGAUUGAUCAUUUAACUAGGCCUAACUUCAAAUUCUGGGAAGCCUGAAGAGAUGUUUCAGUUAAAUAAACAUAUUUCUUGUCUAUUAAGAUGCCUGUUAAAAUAAAGCUAUUGUCUUUUUCCAAA